AUGUCUGCAAAUGAUAUAUUAGAUGUUUUGAAUGUCCAAAGGGAUAAUCAAAACCAGCCGCCAAAAAAGAAACAAAAGGUUGGAAAUGAGCAGACUUCUAUGCCUCGUCAAACAGGUAUGGCUAGAGAGUUAUACAACUUAUUAGGGCCAAAUACACCACCAGUUAAUAUGUCGGUUACUUCAAGUAACACUGGAAUUAAGGAUAAACUCAACUUGAAGCCAUCUCCGUGGACGAGAAUGCCAUUUACACCAGUUACUUCAAAAUUUGGUGACCAAGUCGAAUUAUUCCAUUGGGUUAAAGGAUCAAGAGAAUUGCUAGAGCAAGAGGAGGCUACGAAUAAGAAGCCGUAUUUCUUUGAAAAAUUCAAUACGAAGUUGGAUUUGCCGGAACUCAUGGACGAAGAAACGUAUAAUGUGUAUAUGGGUGAGAUCAAGGAUCAAGAAAUGAAGCAAAUUGAAGAACAGAAAGAAAAGGAACUAAAAGAAAAGAUGGAUCUAAAAGAAAAGGAAGAACAGAAAGAGAAGGAGCAAAAAGAAAAGGAAGAAAAAGAGGAACAGAAGGAGAAAGAACAAGAUAAAAAGAUCGAUGAAAGCGAUAAGAAUGACAAUGAUGAGAAAAAUGACAAUUCAAGUCAAAUUAAUAAUAAUACCAAAGAAUCUGAAAAACAAGAAGUUGAAGACGAAACCCCACAAGAUAUCGAUUCUGGAAGGGAUACUAAUGAAUGGACAUAUGAAGAGACAAAACAUCUAUUUGAAUUAUGUAAUGCGUUUGAGUUGAAGUGGCCUGUGAUAUAUGAUAGAUUCAACAACUCGAGCCGUACGUUGGAAGACUUGAAAGAACAAUUUUAUAGAAUUAGUGUUAAAAUAAUAGAAUCUCAAUCCAACUCAAAUCCAGCAUUAGUUGAUAAUCUUAAGGCAUUCUCAAAGUCAAAAGAAAUAGAACGAAAACAAUAUUUAGAAAGUCUUCUUAAGAGAACACCAGCUGAAAUUGCCGAAGAGGAAUCACUUGUGAUUGAAGCACGCCGAUUUGAGCUUGCAGCAAAGAAAAUGCUCAUAGAGAGAUCGCAUCUUUUAACAUUACUUGAUUCUCCCCAGACUACUCAAUCAGUUCAACAGUACCAAUCAUCACAAGGCUUAGCCAAUUUGUACAAUAAUUUGAUGAUAAUCGAUAAACACCAGAAGAAACGCCAAUUUCAACAACAGCAAAGAACAAGUAACUCGAAUAGCCAUGAUCCGAUUCCUCCUCCAAUCCCAAUUGCGGCUUCUUCGUCGUUUAAGAAAGAGCGUAACUUUCAAACUCAUUUACAACAAUAUUUAUCAGGCUUCUUAAAACAAAACCCCUCUAGCAAUGACUCGAAACAAGAAACUAAUGCUAUCCAACAAUUAUUGAUGAAGCGAUUAACGGUGAAGGAAGAAGAAGCUUAUGGAUUACAUUACCAUGCUAAUGAAAAGCUCACUCCUGGAGUUAUAUUGAGAUCUACUCAAAGGUUGCCUGGUUUGCAACAAAGACAAUCUGUAUUAAAGUCUGUCAAUAGCAUUCUUCAAGAAUUGGACAUUCCUACAGCAGGCGGUACCAGCUGGAAACCGGUUAUGCCUACCAGAAAAACAAUGACAAAAUAUGAUGAGUUGUUAAAGUCUGUGGUUGCAUUAUUAGAUGUUAAAAAGGGUAGGGAUAAAUUAGAAUCAGAAAUCAGAUUAAUUAAAAGUCAACGGGGUUUACAAUAA